UUGUUGAGGUACUAUCAACCUCCGAACAAUUUAACACAGACAAAUAUUUUUAAAUGUGCUCUGCUGUGUGAAAAAUGACCACACGCGGUCUGCUUGAAACCACUCCUCCUCUUGGAACAAGUCAAGGCCUCAUAACCGCUCCCACUUCCUGUUUCUGAAAAACACCCAAAUCUUUUCCUGUAUUGCAUCAGUAUUAGAGAAACUCACACAGUCACUGACACUGAGAGGAGAAAUGGCACAGAAAGGAGUUCAGCUGGACCAAGAAACCUUCUCUUGUUCCAUCUGUUUGGAUCUACUGAAGGAUCCAGUGACUACAACCUGUGGACACAGCUACUGCAUGAACUGUAUUAACACUUUAUGGGACAAAGAGGAAGAGAAGAAGAAAAUCUGGAGCUGUCCUCAGUGCAGGAAGACUUUCACACCGAGGCCUGUCCUGGUUAAAAACAUCAUGUUAGCAGCUUUAGUGGAGCAGCUGAAGAAGACUGGACUCCAAGCUGCUCCAGCUGAUCACUGCUAUGCUGGACCUGAAGAUGUGGCCUGUGAUUUCUGCACUGGGAGGAAGCUGAAAGCCAUCAAGUCCUGUUUAGUCUGUCUGGCCUCUUACUGUGAGAAACACCUCCAACCUCACUAUGAAUCUCAAACUUUUAGAAAGCAUACGCUUGUUAAAACGUCUGUGAAGCUCCAGGAGAACAUCUGCUCUCGUCAUGAUGAGGUGAUGAAGAUUUUCUGUCGUACUGAUCAGCAGAGUAUCUGUUAUCUCUGCACAAUGGAUGAACAUAAAGGCCAUGAAACAGUCCCAGCUGCAGCAGAAAGGACUGAGAAGCAGAAGGAGCUCGAGGUGAGACGACUAAACAUCCAGGAGAGAAUCCAGGAGCGAGAGAAAGAUGUGAAGCUGCUUCAACAGGAGGUGGAGGCCAUCAAUGGCUCUGCUGAUAAAGCAGUGGAGGACAGUGAGAAGAUGUUCACUGAGCUGAUCCGUCUCAUCCAGAAAAGAAGCUCUGAUGUGAAGCAGCAGGUCAGAUCCCAGCAGGAAACUGAAGUGAGUCGAGUCAAAGAGCUUCAGGAGAAGCUGGAGCAGGAGAUCGCUGAGCUGAAGAGGAAAGACGGCGAGCUGGAGCAGCUCUCACACACAGAGGAUCACAACCAGUUUCUACACAACUACCCCUCACUGUCAGCACUCAGUGAGUCUACACACUCAUCCAGCAUCAAUAUUCGUCCUCUGAGCUACUUUGAGGAUGUGACAGCAGCUGUGUCAGAGACCAGAGAUAAACUACAGGACAUUCUGAGAGAGGAAUGGACAAACAUCUCACUGACAGUCACUGAAGAGGAUGUUUUACUGUCACCAGCAGAGCCAAAGACCAGAGCUGGAUUCUUAAAAUAUUCACGUCAAAUCACACUGGAUCCAAACACAGCAUUUAGAUAUCUUUUAUUAUCUGAGGGGAACAGAAAAGCAAGAUUUCUGAAACAACAACAGUCUUAUUCUGAUCAUCCAGACAGAUUCACAUUUUGGAGUCAGGUCCUGAGUAGAGAGAGUCUGACUGGACGUUGUUACUGGGAGGUGGAGUGGAGAGGAAAAGCAGUUUUUAUAGCAGUCACAUACAAGAAUAUCAGCAGAGAGGGAGAGUCAACUGAAUGUGCUAUUGGAGCAAAUAAUAAAUCUUGGGGAUUACGUUGCGACAACAACAGUUAUAUAUUUCUGCACAACAAAGUCCAAACUGAGCUCUCAGGUCCUCGGUCCUCCAGAGUAGCAGUGUACCUGGAUCACAGAGCAGGUAUUCUGUCUUUCUACAGCGUCUCUGAAACCAUGACUCUCCUCCACAGAGUCCAGACCACAUUCACUCAGCCGCUCUAUGCUGGACUUUUAUUUUUUGAGGGCGUCUCUGCAGAAUUCAUUAAACUGAAAUAAAUGUCACUGAGGGACAGUUGAUUAAAAUGUGAUUUAGUUUUGACUUUCCUUUGGUCUCCAUCAUUGUUGCUCAGACCACAUUGUCACUAAUGCCCACUUUGUUGCCUCUGACAUGGGACUCAUCUCUACACUAGUGUGUGUAGCAUCCAGCACUGUUCCAUUUACAUGUACAUACUUCCCUUAGGCAGUAUUAUUAGAAGGCAUAGCAUGUGGGCAUAUAUUCUCGUUGUUAUACAGUGAAAUGUUGAUUUACUUACAAAACAAUGUUGGUUAAAAUGUCUGUUUUUGUUUCCAGUUUCUUUGGUCUCCACAUUUUUGCAGAGCACUCGUCGUUGUGCAGUUUCCUGUCAGUCACACUUUACAGAUACUAUUUUGAUAUCUUGUCAUUUAUUGUCUAAUUAAUAACUGACUUUGUUUGAACAAAGAAAAUUUUCAUUACAUUUACAUAUAUUUGUUGUUGUUGUUGAAAUCAUCAAUCAGUUCAAGAAACAGCUUGUUUUGGGUUUUUUACAUUGAUAAAUGCAGCUUUUUACGCUCAUGAAUGAAUUUGCAGUUAUUU